GGGCCAGAGCAGAGGAGAGCAGAGCAUGAAGCUGGGACGCCGCGGCCACACACACCCUUCAGAGGCAGGUGCAGGACUGGUGGGACUUUGCUGCACUCAGGUGUACAGUCCAAAUAAUCUACUGGAAGCAGGAACCUGAAGAGGGGAUUUGACUUUCCGCAAUGAGUAGUCCCAAUGCCAAGCCAACAUGCCUAUCGCAGCCAGUGGUGAAGAGUGUGAUGGUAUAUCGCAAUGGGGACCCCUUUUUCACUGGGCGUCGUGUUGUCAUCCACGAGAAGAAAAUGUCUAGUUUUGACGUUUUCCUAAAAGAAGUGACUGGUGGAGUGAAUGCUUCUUUUGGGGCUGUGCGGAAUAUUUACACACCCCGCGGUGGACACCGUAUCCGGCAACUAGAUGAAAUUCAGAGUGGAGAGCACUAUGUUGCUGGUGGUCGGGAGGCCUUCAAAAAACUCAACUACUUGGACAUUGGCGAGCCAAAGAAAAGGGCCACAGAAAUUAAUAAUGAGGUGAAGCCAGUCACCCACAGUCGAAUAAAUGUGUCUGCACGGUUUCGAAAGCCUCUUCAGGAACCAUGCACUGUUUUUCUGAUUGCUAAUGGUGACCUCAUAAGUCCAGCAGUACGCCUCUUCAUCCCAAGGAAAGCACUAAAUCAAUGGGAUCGUGUCCUUGAAAUGGUUACUGAAAAAGUCACCCUCAGGAGCGGAGCUGUACACAGGCUUUACACCUUAGAUGGAAAACUUGUUGAGAGUGGGUUGGAUUUAGAAAAUGGACAAUUUUAUGUUGCUGUUGGUAGAGAUAAAUUUAAGAAGUUGCCUUAUAGUGAAUUACUAUUUAGCAAGUCCACAAUGAGGAGACCUUAUGGUGCAAAAACAUCCUCAUUACCUCCGGCUGGUGGAUCUGGAAAAUCUAAAGGGAGUUCAAAAUCUGCUGACACAGGAGAAGCAGUCUCCUCUCCUCAACCUCCAAAAGGAAAGGAAAAACAUGCACAAAAUCAAGAGUUUAGGAAACAUGCAAAAUCAAAAACAAUGAUCAAAUCUUAUGCAGUCACAGACAAUGGAGAUGGUGUUUACAAGGCUGGGAAAAAACGAUCUGAAAUGCGGGGAGCUGUGGAAGUCCAGGAAGAUGAAGAUACUCAGACUGAGGUCCCAGUUGACCAGCAACCAGCAGAAAUUGUGGAGGAGGAAGAAAAUAUAGCCCUGGACCGUCAUGCUCAGCAAUAUUCAGCCAUCAAUGGAGAAGCUAAUCCAGGUGAAGCAACUGAAGAAGCCAUGAAUGGCAUCGAAGAAGACAAACAGAAUAGCCGUUAUAAAGAUGCACAGCAAUGGCGGGAGCUUGACAAUGGAGUAGUAGAUGAGCCCAUUCCUCAUAAAUAUCCUGAAACAAAUGAAGAAAAUGGUGAGGAAAUGGGUCACAGUUAUCAUGAAGAAGAAACUAAAGAAGGUAUUGAUGAUCAAAUACAGGCUGAUUCCAAUUAUGAACAAACCUCUGCUCCAAGAGUCACGAUCACCAGUCCACAGGAAAGUGAAAAAAAUGAACAAAGCAACGAGUAUGCAGCAGUAGCAUAGACGUAUUUCAAAGGACAUAGCUGAACAAAAAUGAAGGAUUUUAUAUUUUGAAUGCAGAGCAUCUUUGCUUGGUUAAUUUAUAAUGCAACAAUAUGAUGGAGUUCCACCCAUUGAUCCCUGAUGUGAUAAUGUGAUAACCAGUAAAUAGAUAAUUAAACAAAAGAAGAAGAAAUAAUUAGAGUCUUGAGGGUUGGCUUUCCUCCUAUGUGAAUGUUAAAGGGAAGCCAGGGUGUUACUUUUAAUACAUGUUAUCAUUACAGGAUGCUUUUUGUUGAACUAGCCCCUAUAUGUUCACAAAAGAGUCCGCUAGACUAAAAGUACUUGGUUUAGAAGAGUUAAAUAAUAUUUUUGCAACUUUGAAAUAAAAAAAACUUGUAAUAUUUUUAAAGCUGAAUAAAUCUGUAUGUGUAUGA